AUGACUUACUCGAUUUCCAGCUGGGUUUCAUUGACAACGAUUUCACUGUUUGUCCUCGUAUUCGCGAACAGUGCGAACGCGAUUUUGCCAGAAACCGUGAAGUGGUCAGGUGGAAACUUCGAGUGGCCAUGUUCUACUACGAAGAACAUGUUCAAAAGCAGUGGACGAUAUAUAUCGAAGAACGUGAUCGCCACUAGGGUCGCGAUGUACCAUGACGACGCCAUUGUGGCUCUCCCAAGGUUCAAGGCUGGUGUUCCAGCGACACUGGCGAAGAUUUCUCAGGAGAACCGGAGCUGCGAGGCCGAGCUGAUCCCGUAUCCAUGCUGGUCUCUUCAAGAAGAGGGUACUUGCACAGCUCUGCAAAACGUGGUGGACAUUUACCUGGACCCUCAGAACAUUCUCUGGGUGCUCGACACUGGAGUGGUGAACACCUUGGACGAACCUGUGCGCAAGUGUCCACCGAAGGUCCUCGCCAUCAACGUCAGCACCGGAAAGCUGGUAAAGACAGUGGAGCUGACCGGGCUAACUACUUCAACGUCACGCCUGCAAUACCUGGUGUCCGACUACAGCCGAGACGGGAGAGUGUUCGUCUACGUGUCAGACGCUGCCUCAAGGGCCAUCCUCGUCUACGAUGUCACUUUGGGUCGAGGUUACCGCGUCGUUUUGCCACAGGCCGUCGCCAUGGGCUGCACGCGAAGAGACGUUUUGUACCUCGCCCUUCUCCGGCGUUCAGACGGAAGCACCUGCUUGAUCUUCACCUAUUUGAGCAGCAGCCGUAUGUUCUCCAUAAGAACCGAGCAUCUCCGCAGUGGCUCCGCGAAUGGCAAGAUCCACGACCUUGGUAUGAAGCCGAAGAAGAUGAUCCUCUUGGGUACCGACAAUGGCAGCGCCCUCUUCUUCCGCUACGAGGGCGAGUCAGACGUCUACAGAUGGGACGCCACCAAUUCUUUCGACCCGAAAUGCUUCAACCAGGUCUACACCAGCGCCGAAUGUUCCCUGGUUACGCAUAUCGUCGCUGAUUACCAACGAGGCAGGAUGAGAGUGCUCGAGUCCAACUUCCCGGAUUACAUGCAAGGCACCGUUGGCUGCGGUGCCACGCAAGCGCUGACCGUCAUGUGA